AUGGCUCGAACGCAAACUGGAUUUAUCCAACGACGAGGCCCCACAAUUGUACGACAACCUCGCAGCGGUACCUCUGGUCGGCCUGUUGACUUGAAUGCUGCGAUAGCUAUGGCCUUGAGACAUGGACUACUCGUCAUUGAUCCCCGUCAAAAUCGAGUGGAUGAUCGGGAGCCCAAUAUGUCACCUCAGGAUGAAUACUCUGCGGACCAUUUCCACCAACAUGAACCACCUCUACAUCAGGACUCGCCCCUUCCAGACGAUUUCAUCACCCAGUAUGCCAUGAGAAGAGAUCGACUUUCGAAUGCCUGGAAAUCAAUUGAAAAAUCCAUCACAGCGGCCUUCUUUGUUUGCCAGUACCACACUAAAAACUGGACUGCUUCAACAACUUACCUGGAACCGUUAGAUGAAUCACCAACCAGCUCUACACAUAACAAAACCAAAAACACUAACCAAGCUAUUCAUGAUUACUGUCUAGAUCGCUUUCAUCGUCAAGAAAUUGAAUUUUGCUCUUGCAUUCCCGACGCCAUUCGCUUGAUCCACCUUGGAUACAUUCCUGCUUCUCCCACAACACCCCGCACUGCUUUCUCUGUCCCCCUUGUUCAGCUCUACCAGCAUUUAUGGAACGAGUCCGCAAUUCCCUACACCUCAUUUAUCAGUGGCAUCAUGUACCAUCAAGAUACCCGAUCAAGGGAAAGCAUGUAUGCUCGAAGCCGAAACCACAACCCACGUGACUUGCGAAUUCCCUUCUCUCAAGCAAUGGACAUCUACGGCAGAAUCCAAACACUUCACAAGGACCUUAUUACAGUUUCUCUUGGCCUGACAACUCAGGACCAUUGGGCAACAAAGUGCCCUGCAUGUUUUGGACCUGAAAAGCCAGAUGAAGAGAGUUUGCCUGGGAUUGGCGAAGCAUAUGCAAUAAUCGCAAUGGAUGGCAACUUUCAACAUCGGCACCACAAGUUUGCAAGUACUGAUGUCCCCACUGAAGCCGAUUACCCUUCUAACUUCAUACCACCGUCUGAAAUCAACACUCAUGAGGCUCAAUGUCAAUCAACUGACCAAGCUGUAACGGAGCUUAGGACGUCAUGCUCGGAUGCCCACAAGGCUGCAAACGAUGUACGAAAUUCUGCAUCCUGGGACAAAUUUGAUGAUACGGGUCUAUUUGGUAGCUGCUGUCGGCAUGAUAUCCCCCUCAAACUCAAUAACAUUCAGCAUGGGGGUGAGAAGCUCUACUACCCUGUUAGUAUCAUUGACAAUAUUCUCAAGGCCUUCCCUACCAAAAAAUUUGGCAUACUCUAUGAUAUUGGUUGCCACUUGGAUGCACAUGUAAAAAAGCGUGACCUGUUGGGAAAUGACCUUGAUCGAGUGUAUUUUGGUACAUCGGUGUUCCAUGCUUACGUACACAACUGGGACUGCCAGAUAAAAUAUAAUCCGAGGUAUAACUCCAACUGGGGCCUGUCUGAUGGCGAAGGGAUGGAGCGUCUUUGGUCUCAAUUAUCUGAUAUGGUGGGACCUCUGAGGAACGCAACUCGCAUUCACCGCCUCCAAGCCAUUGGAAGACAGUGUGACUACUAUAAUGAGAAGCUGAAACUUUCCAUUUCCAAACUUAAUAGCAUCUGCAAUCAAACCAACCCAUUUUCCGAGGGGGGUGAGAAUUACACACAGGAUUUUUUCCAGCAGCAGUGGAUCCUUGAGCGCUCCUAUUAUCAAAACCGAAACAAUGAAAAAGCACAGCAGAAAUUGGAACUUGGACGUUUGCUCAAUUUAGAAGAAGACCUAAAUGCUGCUUGGGGCAAUCUUCCCUUGACCCCUGAGGAUACACUGGCAAGAGUUAAUACAAUCAGUGAUAUUCAGGCUCAAAUUGAGCAGCAGCGGCAAAGGGUUGGAGCUAAUCAAGUUGUUGAAGGGGUCAGCCGUUCCCACGAGACUUUAUUCUUGAAAGUCUGGUGGGCCAAAACAGACCUGAGGCGAAAAUACCUGGCUCUCCUUGAGGAGAAGCGACCUCUUGAUGCAGUACGAAUGGGCACUGCUUCAAAGCUAGGCACUGCUGGGAAAGAAAAACUGAUAAAUUCGAUUCGAAAGAAAACAUUUGCCCUUGAAGCUGUUGUCAACACUUACAACCGACAUCUUUCUGCUUUCCAUAUUGCUUUUCCCAAUCGGCCUAUCCUGCAGGAAGCGGUUUAUGAUACCAUACUUCAAAUGGAACCGGACGAUAUAUUUUGGAUGGAUGGUGUUUUCACUAACAAUGACGAGCCCUGGGCCAUUGAUCCCGACACUCAAGAUGGUAUGCGACUUGUUGCCCGCCAACAGAGAGCACGCGAAGAGACUUGUCGAAUUGGUCGAGAGAUGCGCCGGGCAGUACGUUGGGCUGUGAUAGAGCAUCAGAGGAUCAUUCCACUUAUGUUUGGACUAGCCACACAGUCUGAAUUGGUGAAAACUCGACUUCGGACAGCACUAACACACCCAAUUCUUCAAACCCUUUCAACUGAAGAUCAACUAGAUUUCAUGAAAGCAAUUCUACACAACCACUUCAUCAAUCUAUCCACCCUGCAGCUCAAUUGGAAUAAAAAUGUUGAGCACAUCAUUUUCAACACGGGUCCUUACGAAAAUGACACUGAACUCUUCAGAGAUUGGAACGAACAGGUACUCCGCUUGUCCUUUUUGAAGCAAAGUGGUAACUUAUCUAAGGUUUCCGGGGACUUUGACAACGCCAUUGGUAACAACUUAGACAACAUUGAUGAAUCAGUAAUGCGUGAUUUUCUGGCCCAAGACUUUGAUUUUAGUGCUGCUCCUACAAAUCAACAAGAGGACGAUCAAACCAACAUUGAGCCCCUCACCCUACCAGAGAAUAUGCCUAGUGACUCUAAUAAUGGUCAAAUCUGA